AGGCAGGGCCAAGAUGGCGGCGCGGCGCUCAGCAGGGGCGGGGGGCGGUGGGACGCUGACCCCGCCCCCGCUGCUGCCAGUCUGCGUCGGGCGGCGGCGGCAGCAGUGGAACCCGAAAGAUGGCGGCGGCGGCGCGCAGCUUCGGGCUCGAGAGAGAAGCCGAGCCGGCCAAGGAGGCGCGCGUCGUGGGCUCCGAGCUCGUGGACACGUACACGGUUUAUAUCAUCCAGGUCACUGAUGGCAACCACGAGUGGACAGUCAAGCACCGCUAUAGCAACUUCCAUGACCUGCAUGAAAAGCUUGUUGCUGAAAGGAAGAUUGAUAAAAAUCUGCUACCACCCAAAAAGAUCAUUGGGAAAAAUUCAAGAAGCUUGGUGGAGAAGAGGGAGAAAGAUCUGGAGGUCUACCUCCAGACGCUCCUGGCCACUUUCCCCAGUGUGGCUCCCAGGGUGCUGGCCCACUUCUUGCAUUUUCAUUUCUACGAGAUAAAUGGCAUCACUGCAGCACUGGCUGAGGAGCUCUUUGAAAAAGGAGAACAGCUUCUGGGGGCCGGUGAGGUCUUUGCCAUCAGGCCAUUGCAGCUGUAUGCGGUCACUGAGCAGCUGCAGCAAGGAAAGCCCACGUGCGCCAGUGGGGAUGCCAAAACUGACCUUGGGCACGUCCUGGACUUCACUUGUCGCCUUAAGUACCUUAAGGUUUCUGGGACGGAAGGACCUUUUGGGACCAGCAACAUUCAGGAGCAGCUGCUGCCUUUCGACCUGUCGAUAUUCAAGUCUCUUCAUCAGGUAGAGAUAAGUCACUGUGAUGCUAAGCACAUCCGGGGGCUCGUUGCAUCUAAGCCUACCUUAGCCACAAUGAGCGUCCGCUUCUCAGCAACCUCUAUGAAGGAAGUCCUUGUUCCCGAAGCGUCAGAAUUUGAUGAGUGGGAGCCAGAAGGCACAGCCCUGGAGGGUCCUGUGACUGCCAUCAUCCCCACAUGGCAAGCCCUGACCACUCUUGACCUGAGCCACAACAGCAUCUCUGAGAUCGACGAGUCUGUGAAACUGAUUCCAAAGAUUGAGUUUCUGGACCUGAGUCACAAUGGAGUGCUGGUUGUGGACAACCUGCAGCACCUAUACAACCUCGUCCACCUGGACCUAUCCUACAACAAACUCUCCUCCUUGGAAGGGGUUCACACCAAACUGGGCAACAUUAAGACCCUGAACUUGGCGGGUAACCUCCUGGAGAGUCUAAGUGGCCUCCACAAGCUCUACUCACUGGUGAACCUGGAUCUCUGUGACAACCAUAUUGAACAGAUGGAGGAAGUCAGGAACAUAGGCAGCCUCCCAUGUCUGGAGCACGUGGCCCUGCUGAACAAUCCUCUGAGCAUCAUCCCAGACUACCGGACCAAGGUGCUCGCCCAGUUUGGGGAGCGGGCCUCCGAGGUCUGUCUGGACAACACAGUGACCACAGAGAAGGAGCUGGACACUGUGGAAGUGUUGAAAGCAAUUCAGAAAGCCAAGGAGGUCAAGUCCAAACUGAGCAACUCAGAUAAAAAGGUCAGCGAGGACUCCCGGCUCUCAACUGCCCCCUGUGUCAGACCCAGCAGCUCCCCUCCCACCAUGGCUCCCACCUCUGCCUCCCUGCCUCAGCCUAUCCUCUCCAACCAAGGAAUCAUGUUCGUGCAGGAGGAGGCCCUGGCCAGCAGCCUCUCGUCCACUGACAGUCUGACUCCUGAGGACCGGCCCAUUGCCCAGGGCUGCUCCGAUUCCCUGGAAUCCAUCCCAGCAGGACAGGCAGCUUCUGAUGAUGUAAGGGAUGUGCCAGGAGCUGUUGGAGGUGCAAGCCCGGAGCAUGCGGAGCCGGAAGUCCAGGUGGUGCCUGGGUCUGGUCAGAUCAUCUUCCUUCCCUUCACCUGCAUUGGCUACACCGCCACCAACCAGGACUUCAUCCAGCGCCUGAGUGCACUGAUCCGGCAGGCCAUCGAGCGGCAGCUGCCCGCCUGGAUCGAGGCCGCCAACCAGCGGGAGGAGGGCCAGGGCGAGCAGGGCGAGGACGAGGACGAGGAGGAGGACGCUGCCGAGAACCGCUACUUUGAAAUGGGGCCCCCAGAUGUGGAGGAAGAGGAGGAGGGUGGCCGGGGGGAGGAAGAAGAGGAGGAGGAGGAGGAGGAGGGCGAGGAGGAGCGGCUGGCCCUGGAGUGGGCUCUGGGCGCAGACGAGGACUUCCUGCUGGAGCACAUCCGGAUCCUCAAAGUGCUGUGGUGCUUCCUGAUCCACGUGCAGGGCAGCAUCCGGCAGUUUGCCUCCUGCCUGGUGUUGACCGACUUCGGCAUCGCCGUCUUCGAGAUCCCACACCAGGAGUCACGCGGCAGCAGUCAGCACAUCCUCUCAGCCCUGCGCUUCGUCUUCUGCUUCCCGCACGGCGACCUCACCGAGUUCGGCUUUCUUAUGCCUGAGCUGUGUCUGGUGCUCAAGGUGCGGCACAGCGAGAACACGCUCUUCAUCAUCUCUGACGCCGCCAACCUGCACGAGUUCCAUGCAGACCUGCGCUCAUGCUUCGCCCCGCAGCACAUGGCCAUGCUUUGCAGCCCAGUGCUAUACGGCAGCCACACCAGCCUCCAGGAGUUCCUACGCCAGCUGCUCACCUUCUACAAGGUGGCAGGUGGCUGCCAGGAGUGCAGCCAGGGCUGCUUCCCUGUCUACCUAGUCUACAGUGACAAGCGCAUGGUGCAGACAGCUGCCGGAGACUACUCGGGCAACAUCGAGUGGGCCAGCUGCACGCUCUGCUCAGCUGUGCGGCGUUCCUGCUGCGCGCCCUCCGAGGCUGUCAAGUCUGCCGCCAUCCCCUACUGGCUGCUGCUCACACCCCAGCACCUCAAUGUCAUCAAGGCUGACUUCAACCCCAUGCCCAACCGUGGCACCCACAACUGCCGCAACCGCAACAGCUUCAAGCUCAGCCGCGUGCCCCUCUCCACCGUGCUGCUGGACCCCACACGCAGCUGCACCCAGCCACGCGGUGCCUUCGCUGAUGGCCAUGUGCUUGAGCUGCUCGUGGGCUAUCGUUUCGUUACUGCCAUCUUUGUGCUGCCACAUGAGAAGUUCCAUUUCCUGCGCAUCUACAACCAGCUGCGGGCCUCGCUGCAGGACCUGAAGACUGUAGUCAUUGCCAAGACCCCUACGACUGUGGGCAGGUCAUGGAACCCUGUUGGGGACGGCCAGCCUGCUGAGGGCAGGGCCAGCAAUGACCAGCAUCCCCAAGAGACCCCAGCAGAGGCCCCAACAGAGGACCCAGCAACUGCUUCAGCAGGAGUGGAGGCCCCAGCUCUGGUGUCAGUGGAUACCCCAGCAGAGGCCCUGGCCCCUGCGCAGGAUCCAGUGGAGACCUUGGCCCCAGGGGAGACCGCAGCCCAGGCCCCAGCACAACCAGAGGCACCCACCCAGUACCCAAGCGACCAUCUGAUCCAGUCCACCUCAGAGGAGAAUCAGAUCCCCUCACACCUGCCUGCCUGCCUGUCGCUCCGGCACAUUGCCAGCCUGCGGGGGCGUGCCAUCAUCGAGUUCUUCCACAGCAGCAUUGCUGAGGUGGAAAAUGAGGAGCUGAGGCACCUGAUGUGGUCCUCCGUGGUGUUCUAUCAGACGCCGGGGCUGGAGGUCACCGCCUGUGUACUGCUUUCCACCAAGGCCGUGUACUUGGUGCUGCAUGAUGGGCUACGGCGCCACUUCUCAGAGCCACUGCAGGAUUUCUGGCAUCAGAAAAACACUGACUAUAACAACAGUCCUUUCCACAUCUCCCAGUGUUUUGUCUUAAAACUCAGUGACUUGCAGUCAGUCAACGUUGGGCUUUUUGACCAGUAUUUCCGGCUGACGGGCUCCUCCCCAGCGCAAGUAGUUACAUGCUUGACUCGGGAUAGCUACCUGACGCACUGCUUCCUCCAGCACCUCAUGGCCGUGCUCUCCUCAUUGGAGCGCACGCCCUCACCUGAGCCUGUUGACAAGGACUUCUACUCUGAGUUUGGAAACAAGAGCACAGGAAAGAUGGAGAACUACGAGCUGAUCCACUCAAGCCGUGUCAAGUUCACCUACCCCAGCGAGGAGGAGAUCGGAGACCUGACAUUCAUCGUGGCCCAAAAGAUGGCUGCUGCAGAGCAGGCACCAGCCCUCAGCAUCCUGCUGUAUGUGCAGGCCUUCCAGGUGGGCUCCCCGCCACCUGGGCGCUGCAGGGGCAUGCUUCGCCCCAAGACACUCCUACUCACCAGUGCCGAGAUCUUUCUUCUGGACGAGGACUACGUCCACUACCCGCUGCCUGAGUUCGCCAAAGAGCCGCCACAGAGGGACAGGUAUCAGCUGGACGACGGCCGCCGAGUUCGAGACCUUGACCGUGUACUCAUGGGCUACCAGACCUACCCACAGGCCCUCACCCUUGUCUUUGACGACAUGCAGGGCCAUGACCUCAUGGGCAAUGUCACCCUGGACCACUUUGGGGAGGUGCCAGGGGGUCUGGCCAAGGCUGGCCAGGGCCGUGAGGUCCAAUGGCAGGUUUUUGUCCCCAGCGCUGAGAGCCGUGAGAAGCUCAUCUCGCUGCUGGCCCGCCAGUGGGAGGCGCUGUGCGGCCGCGAGCUGCCUGUUGAGCUCACUGGCUAG